AUGCCGCUGUCUGAACCUCGCGGACUUGGACUUAUUUUGCAACUGAUUGAAGUCCUCGGCAUUCACAUUACGCAUUUCGGCAACUAUAUUUGGAAUUUUAUUCGUUGUAUCCCAACAGCCAUUUACAAGAACUACCUCUGGAAGUUGACCCGGCGGCUGCAAGAAUGUCUGCGAAACGAUCCUUCCGCUGUCCAUUGGGUCAUAAUAUUUGAUUUUGAUGGGAGUUAAGUUCUGGUCGGUGUGACGGAUAAUGAAAUUAUUGUAAUCCAUUCUUCAAACUGUUCAGAUCGAAUACUUAACCAAAUUAUUUUGUAUAUGCACGAUUUGUUAGGUGAAAAUGUAUCUGUACGAACUAAACUCGCAGGAAAUAAAUUAUAAGGAAUUGGCUAAUUAAAUUUCUACUUAAUUAUUGACA